AUGAUAUCAUUUUCCGUCGCGGCUGCACUAUGGUGGCUUUCGAAAAUUCUCUCUGUCUCUGGAGCAGAUAAAUGCCCUUCUUACGUGCUAUCGGAGCUCAACAAAACUGUGGAUGGCUUCGACGCAUUACUCAUGUUGAAUGGUUCACCCUGCCAUACUGAUGACAUUACAUCGUUGAAAUUAAUUGUAACUUAUGAAACAGGCGAGUCUUGCUAUAAUCUGCCACCACGUAAAAACGAAAAUCUUCAUGUUCGCAUUGUGGACGCUGCCGCAAAGCGUUACGAGGUCCCAGCUCUUCUUUUCCCGCGCCCUAUCCACACCGCAAGUGAGACUUCAAACAGUCAUAAAAGCGCCCUGCUGUUUUCCUACGUUCCCUCGCCGUUUUCCUUUACUAUCUCUCGUCGAAGCACCCGGGAAGUCUUGUUCUCAACAAUCUCAUACCCUCUCAUUUACCGAAAUAAACACAUUCGGAUUACUACCCGGUUGUCUCCAAAGUCCAAUAUUUACGGCUUGGGAGAAAGCACCGACACGUUUCGGAUCAACUUGGACAGAAAUGGCACCAGGAGAACUAUGGCACGGGAUGCAUAUGGAACACAAAAGGGAACCAACUUAUAUGGGACACAUCCUAUAUACUAUGACCACAGAUCUAGUGGAACACACGGCGUUUUCCUCUUGAGCUCGAAUGGAAUGGAUAUCACUUUAACAAAGAAAUCAAUACAAUAUGACAUCAUUGGUGGUGUGCUGGACUUUUACUUUCUUGCGGGUCCCUCGCCGGUGAAGGUUGCUCAGCAAUACUCUAUGCUUGCUGGUUUGCCCGCUAUGAUACCUUACUGGUCAUUGGGUUUCCAACAAUGCAGAUAUGGAUACUCAAACUAUCUCGAAGUGGCCGAAGUAAUAGCUAAUUAUUCCAAAGCUGGAAUUCCAUUGGAGACGAUGUGGACCGACAUCGACUAUAUGUACAAACGCCGUACUUUUACCCUCGAUCAAGAUUAUUUCCCACUGGAUCGGAUGCAGGAGAUUGUGAAAUCGCUCCACAAAAAUAACCAACGUUACGUUAUGAUGGUUGAUCCAGCCAUAGCUUACCAACCUGGAGACAAAGGUGUAUUUGACCGAGGCAUGGAGGCCGACGUGUUCUUGAAAGAGAAAGACGGAAAGGUGUUCCAAGGGGUGGUCUGGGCAGGUGUCAGCGUGUAUCCCGAUUGGUUUCAUCCCAAUGCCGAAGCCUUCUGGACCAAUGAGAUCCAGAGAUUUUUUGAUCCGACGAACGGUAUUGACAUCGACGGAAUUUGGUUAGAUAUGAAUGAGCCCGCCAAUUGGGCAUUACCUUGUGCCUACCCUUGCCACAAAUCUCUGGCUCAGUCAUCUGACAACCCACCGGCGCGCAAGAGUCCUCCUCCGGCGAAAAAUGUACCUCUACCUCUCGGCAAGUUGCAUAGCCGUCGCGGAUUGGGCAACAACACCCAAUACUAUGAAGUACACAACGCUGCUGCAGAACUUGCUAAGGGCACCAUCCGCACGGACUUAGUUCAUUACAACGGAUUAACCGAAUAUGAUGUCCACAACCUCUAUGGUACUCAUAUGUCUUGGAUCACUCGCAAAGCAAUGUUGCGUCGACGAAGCAAGGUACGACCUCAAGUAGUCACCCGGUCCACCUUUGCUGGAGCAGGAGCAUAUGUUGCGCAUUGGACUGGCGAUAAUCUCUCCGAUUGGCCGCACUACCUAUCUUCAAUCACCGAAAUCAUGUCAUUUGCUGCGCUUUUUCAAGUCCCUCUGGUAGGUGCGGACGUAUGUGGCUUUGGUUAUAAUACCAACGAAGAACUCUGUGCGAGAUGGGCUUCGUUGGGGGCCUUUUAUCCAUUUUAUCGAAAUCAUAAUAUGCUUGGUAUGGCCAGUCAGGAAUUUUACCGCUGGAAUUCGGUAGCCCGCUCUGCUAGGAAUGCUAUCAAGAUCCGAUACAGCCUAUUGGAUUAUUUUUACACCCACAUGAGAAGACAGAGCUUAACUGGUGAACCUGCUUUGAAACCCCUUUGGUUUGCAUACCCCCAUGACCCUUUAACAUUUGGAAUCGAUAAACAGUUCUUCUUCGGUGAUUCUAUUUUGAUCUCCCCAGUUACUACGCCAAGAUCCAAAACAGUCAAGGCGUAUUUCCCGGAGUCUAAAUAUGUGGAAUUUUCCAGCAGGAAAACCCUAGGAGCUUCGGGAAAUGUACAAUUGAAAAACAUCCAGAUUGAUCAAAUACCCAUACACAUCAAGCCAGGCUCAAUAUUAUCGAUCCGGAAAGUGGCUACAAAUCAAACACUUGCAAUGACAACAACUGAGGUUAGGAAGAAAAGCUUUGAGAUUCUUGUGGUACCAGGAAGUUCAGGAUUUGCCAAAGGAUCACUCUAUUUGGACGAUGGAGAAUCACUGGAACCUGUGGCACAGGAAACUGCUGAUUUAGAAUUCAUCUACCAUCAGCACGUCUUGCACAUUUCAGGCUGGCUGGGUACCGGUUUAAAAGAUAUAAGCACAUCUGUCAGCCAAUGGACAUUCUUGGACGUCUCUAAUGUUAGAAAAGUCAAGGACCAGAUCGGUCUCUGCACAAGGGAAUUGGAAGCUCACUCCUGGAAUGAAGAUUUCUUUGAUUUACUGAAGCUCUGCUUGUCUUCUAGUAAAUAA